AUGCAGGAGAAAGUGCGUUUCAAGAUCCACCACCAUCCAUCCACCGUUUCAAGAUCCCUGGCUUCCUGUCUCCUGGCGCUGCUGCUGCUGCUGCUGCUGCUGCUGCUGCUGGAGGGCGGCGUGUUCCCUCCUCCACCCUCCGGGCUGCUGGGGGAGCUCUGCCAGCGCAUCGACCUCCACCAGGAUGAAUUUGUGCAGACGCUGAAGGAGUGGGUGGCGGUGGAGAGCGAUUCCAUCCAACCAGUGCUUCGUUUCAGACAAGAGCUCUUCCGGAUGAUGGCCAUGGCUGCAGGCAAGCGUGGAAUCCGGGACCUGGGCUCGCGGCAGCUGCCCGAUGGCCAGAGUCUUCCCAUCCCUCCUAUCAUCCUGGCUGAACUGGGGAAUGAUCCGAAGAAACCCACCGUGUGCUUGUAUGGGCACCUGGAUGUGCGGCCGGCUCAGGAGAGCGAGGGGUGGCUCACGGACCCCUACACGCCGACGGAGGUGGAUGGGAAACUGUAUGGACGAGGAUCAGUAGACAACAAAGACCCCGUCCUAGCUUGGAUUCAUGCUGUGAGCGCCUUCAGAGACCUAGAGCAAGAUCUCCCUGUGAAUUUCAAGUUCAUCCUUGAAGGGAUGGAAGAAGCUGGUUCUGUUACCCUAGAGGAACUUAUCAAAAAAGAAAAGGACCGGUUCUUCUCCAGUGUGGACUACAUCGUGAUUUCAGAUAAUCUAUGGCUCAGUCAGACGAAGCCCGCGCUCACUUAUGGGACUCGAGGGAACAGCUACUGCCGCACACAGUCAUCAUUUCUACCUGCUUUUUUUUUCUCUGUGCAUUUUGUAGGAAGCCUGGUGGAUUCCUCAGGUCAUAUCCUGAUCCCUGGAAUCUAUGACCAAGUGGCUCCUCUUACAGAGGAGGAAAAAAAACUAUAUGAAGCCAUUGAAAUGGACCUAGGAGAAUACCGGAAUAACAGCCAGUUUAGGAAAUUUCUGUUUGAUACCAAGGAGGAAAUCCUAAUGCAUCUGUGGCGGUACCCAUGUCUUUCUAUUCACGGGAUCGAGGGUGCGUUUGAUGAGCCUGGAACUAAAACAGUUAUACCUGGCCAGGUGAUAGGAAAAUUUUCAAUCCGUCUAGUCCCUCACAUGAACAUGUCUGUGGUGGAAAAACAGGUAACAAAUCACCUUGAGGACGUGUUCUCCAAAAGGAACAUCUCUAACCGCAUGGCUGCUUCCAUGACACUGGGACUUCAACCGUGGAUUGCAAACAUCAACGACAUGCAGUAUCUCGCAGCAAAAAGAGCCAUCAGCAGAGUGUUUGGAACAGAACCAGAUAUGAUGCGGGAUGGGUCAACCAUUCCAAUAGCCAAAAUGAUCCAGGACCUCAUUCAAAAGAGCGUUAUGAUGCUUCCACUGGGGGCUGUCGAUGAUGGGGAACGCUCUCAGAAUGAGAAGAUCAACAGGUGGAACUACAUAGAGGGGUCCAAGUUAUUUGCUGCCUUUUUCCUGGAGAUUGCUAAGCUACAUUCAGGACAGUAGAAACUUCCAGUACUACCUGACCCACUGACAGAUCCCCUCUCACACCCCUUAGCAGAGAUGACAUCUGAACAUCCAAAGAAAUGUUGAUCCAAUCAAUUAUGUUUCCCCUUUCAUUUGAAAUGCCUUGGGACCUUUGAACCAAGAAUACAAUAUUUAGGAGACAAUGGGAAUGGUUUAACAUGUGAUUUAAAUCACUCACCUUUCCAAAGUCCCAGCUGCCUUCACCUUCAUUUCUCUGAGUCCUGUGCAGUAGUUCCAGGACAGUUCUUCAGUGAGUUAGACUCUCACCUUGCAAUACAAUGGGCAUAAUCCCUCCACUUUGCUUUCUAGGUUCUGAAACACCCAUGACACAUAAUUGUUCCACCCAGUAAUUGUUAGCACUUACAUCACUGUUGCUCUGCCCACAGUUUCCUUUUCUUAUUAAUAAAAAUGUUGAUCUCCACCACUGACAAGUUACUAAGGCCUGGUGCUGUAUUAACCCCUUUCCUCCCCUUCAUUUAUUUUCUCUUGCUUUGUGAAAAGUUCUGAAGCUGAAAUGAUUAAGAUUCAUACCCUAUGCCAUUUGGGAUUCCAUGUGCAAAGAAGAGUUUUUCUCUUAUUCUAAGCUUCUUUAUCUUCACCAUGAUUGAUGCCAUCUAAUCAGCUCCCCUGCCUCAUAUUCUUCCCACCCUGUCAGUAAAGGUUCUCUCUCUAACUUUUGCACACAAGUACAUUCACCAUAGCAAACUCAAUCCUGAUGGAAUUUCUCUCACUCCAUUGGAAUUUUACUCAAUGACUACAUUUAAAUUGCUCAAAGCUUUUAAUAGCAUCAGUUUUAGAUAGAGAACUAAUCAACCCUGACAUCAGUAAUACAUUCUAAAUUUAAAACCAUCACCUAAUGCAGCACUCAUUAAUCAUUUUAGUUAACCAUCUUAUUUGGCUUGAUUGGGUUUGAUGAUGUAAACACAAAAAAGGAAUGUAAUUUUUAUAGUCAAAUAUAUGUAAAUAAAUCAAUUCAAUAUUUAUAAAUUAUUUAAAUCACAUUAAUGGUGAAGAAUUUAAGGGUUUAUUUAAAAAGUUUUUCUUUUGUGAUUCCAAAUAAAAACAAAAUAUAACACAUUUUCCUUCAA